GGAGGGGAGGCCAACGCACGGCGCGGAAAUCGAGGUGGGCCAAGGGCAGCGCGGAGCGGCAGCGCCCCCGAGAAGAUGUGUGUGAGUGGGACGUUGCAUAGCGUGUGCGUGUAUCGAUGCAUGGCGAUGAGCAGCGAUGCGAAAGGGGCGAACGGGAGGUCCACGGGGAAAAGAGGCAGGGAGCAGGGCGGAGGGAGACGAGGCCGGUCAUGUGCAUGUGCGUGUAAGAGGGAGUGGGAGAGCGCGGUGGGCAUGGCGCAGUGGGAGAUAAUGAUAGCAGGUGUAGAGACGAGAGGACCUUGCUGCGGAGGUGUGCAGCGGAAAGACAACGUGGGUUCACGUGUCGAUCGGCCGGUGGAGGGGAUGGGAAAGGGCGAAAGCGAAGGUGCGGGGGGCAAAGAGGCCGCAGGCGGGGCGGAGGAGGAGGAGAGGGGCGAUGUGCAUGUCCGCAUUUACGGGAGCAGGAGAGAGCACCGAGCAUGGGAAAUGCGGGAGGAGGACACGGCGGGAGAUGAUAAUGAGUGAGGAUGUGAGUUGAUCUGUGGAUCGAUCAGUGCGGGGGUUGUCGACCAAGAGGUCACGGAGGGGAGACCGGCUUGCUGCGCUCGUGGACAGCACAACGACCACGAACAGCUGCACCUUUGCACAGCAUAAUGACAACGUAGAUCGAUCCGGACGUGAGUUGCCCUGUGGAUCGAUCAGUACGGGGGUUGUCGACGGAGAGGUCGCAGAGGGGAAAGCGGCUUGCUGCAUCCGUGGACAGCAGAACGACGAUGCGGAUCAACCGAGUUGAGGCGAGGUCUGGGGGAGUAAAACAAACAACGCACU